UCCUGUGGGGAAUAUUUUCAUGGUUUUUCAUAAAACAAGGGUAGGGUCCUGUCUUCUGGGGGGUUGCUGUGUGUGAGGGGUGUCCCCAUUUGUUGGAGCUGGCUGGUCUCAGUAAGGUGGUUUCUUUCCCGAGAUAGGGUAGCAGGCAGCAGCUGUGUUUGGAUACAAGGUGGCUUUACCGGUUUGAUCCCUGAGAGCGCCUGGCAAGCUGGCACCUGAGGUCUUGGGAAGCAGCAGCAGCUCUAUCCCAGCUGCGUGGGUGAAGAGAUGGGUCUGAUCCUCCUCCCUGCCCGGGGCGAGAGCCAGACCUGCCUCUGCAUGCUGCCAUGGAGCUGCGCCCUGUGGGUGUAGCAGCUCUGGCUGGCUGCGUGUUUCGGCAAAGGAGCGGCGGGACAUCCCUGGGGGACGCAGCUGGAGCCUGGCAGCCAGAACACCUUCAGCCGGCUCCCAGCCCCCUGUGCUGGGGGUAACGGGGCUCAGCUCCAGGGCUGGAGCCCUGGGUGGCUCCCAGUGGCCUCCCCCAGGGGUCUCCGGGAGGGCUGGGGGAAGGAGCACCGGGCAGCAGGUGCGGCUGGCAGCAGCAGGGUGCUGGGCAGGAGCUGGCAGCUCUGCAGGAGGCCACGGGACUGGGACCGGCAGCGGGAAGAGCUUUCAAAGCUGCUUUGGUGUGCUAGGAGCCAGGGAAGUCCUGCUGCAGAGCAGCGUGCUCAAAGCAGUGAGGUGGAUGCGCUUCAGCUCCCCGGCACCGGUGCAAGCGGGCACCCCGGUGAGCACGAGGGCCAGGGAAGGCUGUGCCCGACCUCGCCAAAGGGCUCCGGCUGCUGGGGCCGGGGGCUGCCCCCUCUGCGGCUCCGUGCCAGCACCAGCCUCCCCCGGUACCCCCCAUGGGGCCGGGGCAGUGGGGGGCUGCUGCUGCACCACCUGCUCCAUCCCUCCUGGAGGGACACAGUGACGAAGCCCUGCGUCACUGCCAGGUGCAGGGGCCCGGGCACCCCCGCUGCUAUCUGAUGGCACCCGCCAGCCCCUGGCCGCAGGCUGUUCCCACAUCCCUGUGUCCUGCAUCCUGCUGACAAACAUCCCCCGGCAGUUCAAACAAGGGUGGUGUGUGGGUGACGCACGGCGGAGCUGCCGGGGUGUGGGGCCCGGCUGGCUGCUGUCCCUCGGCCGGGGACGCGGGCAAGACCAGCGAGUGGUACCCACAGCCCGGCCGCUCACGGCAGGGAUGCUCCAGCCGGGAUCAGGGCAGUCUUCCCCUGGGGCUCACCCCUGCCAGCCCCCCGGAGCAGUCGGGGCUGAGCCAGUGGGCAUUCCUGCCCGGUGCCAGGCUGCUCUCUGCUGCAAGAUUAUCUCUGUGUCUUCGUUGGCAAUUAAUGGUAAUUGCAGGGGGUUUAUUGACCAACUAGGAGAGGUUCUUCCUGUCUUUUCUGGAGGAACGUGGAAUGCAAACAAAAUAGAGAUCUGGGCAGCUUUCCAGCCAAGUGGAGGGAUUCCACUAGGAUUUUUAUGGUGGGAAUCACCUGAGCUUGGGCAAACAGUGAUGCUGGUGAGCACUGGGCUAUAAAGGGCAGCUCCUCUCCUGGUGAUCCAGGAGAAGUCGUUAUUCCUCACCGUCUCCGGACAGCAGGGGGCACUUCCAGGAGCAAGGAGGAUGGUGGCAGUGGCCAGAUUCACCCUCGUGCUGCUGGGCUGCGUGGGGCUCCUGUGGCCAGCCGGCGCCCGGUACAUAGACUACUGCCCCAAGGGCUGGUAUUACUACAAGCUCAACUGCUUCAAGUAUUUCAGUCAGCUCCGGAGCUGGGACGAGGCUGAGCGGCAGUGCCAGGCCAGCCACGCCAGCGCCCACCUGGCCUGGGUGGAGGAGCCCAAGGAGGCAGCCACCCUGCAGAGGGUCAUCUCCUACUACCAGCGCGUGCAGCCCGUCUGGCUCGGCCUCCACUACGGGCAGGAGAGCCAGGCCUGGCAGUGGGUGAGUGGGGACAAGUACAGCGUCACCAGUGGGCUGGCUCGGAGCGGUGCCCACAGUGGCACCUGCGGCAUCCUGACCCAUCUCAGCGGCUUCACCCUUUGGUCCAGCGCCGACUGCUCCCAGCGCCACCACUACGUCUGCAAGUUCAGCCCGGUGCACUGAGCACGGCCCUGGGGCCUGGGGGGGACCCCACGCCAGCGAUGCUCCCCUCCUGCCACCUCUGCUCUUCUCCCCCCACUUCCU